AUGACUUUGCAGAGUCCGAGCGUCAAAUCGCUUUACCAACAAUUGCCCUUGAAGCAAGUCGAGAUCCGUAUUCUAAGACUAGAACCCAGUACACCAUCAUCACCAGAAAUUCGAGCUUCCCUCGUCAAACGCAGCCUGCUCACUUUGAGAAAAGGCGGCCCCUCCUUCGAGGCCUUGUCUUACACCUGGGGCCUGGCUUCAGUUACAAAGGACAUCGUCAUCAACGGCACAUCAUUCCCAGUCACCGCCAACCUGUACGCAUUCCUGCAACAAUACCAGGAGCCCGACAAGACUGCCGACCUAUGGAUAGACGCAAUAUGCAUCAACCAGGCCGACCUACUCGAGAAAAACCACCAAAUUCCCAUGAUGAACAUGAUCUACGCAUCAGCUAAAAGGCUCGUCAUCUGGCUCGGGGAAGCUUCAUCCGACAGUGAGCUGGCAAUUAAAUGGAUUGAAGAUCUAGGCAUGGGUUCUCCAUACGACAAGAUGCCCAACAUCCCCAACAACGCUUGGCAGGCCAUGCAAAGCUUUCUGGAACGCCCAUGGUGGAAGCGCAUCUGGAUCGUUCCGGAACUUGCAACGGGUGCCAUGGGGAUCAAGCUGGAAACAGCCUCGGUUCUCUGCGGCCAUGCACGAAUUUCAUGGAUCAACCUUGUAAUCGCCGCCGCUCGCAUGAAGGCCCAUGAAGAUGACAAAAGGCAGGCGUUUCCAACCAUUACCGAGAUUCUGGAGCUCGACAGCCUGCGGGAAAGUGCUGGGCAUUACUUUUUGAACCAACCCGAGCCCCAGGCUCUGUUUGAUCUGAUCUGCCGGUACAGGCAUUUCCUGGCGACAAACAGGCGAGACAAAAUCUAUGCGAUCUGGAACAUGUUUGCAAGAUUGCCAUCAAGACGACUCGAGACGAGAUAUGACCAGUCUAUGGAAGAAGUGUACCUCCUUCGCCACUGCGGCAACGGUGAUCCAGAUAUACCCUCCUGGGCCCCGGACUGGUCCGUUCCCCUUGGCUCUCUGCCCCUGCCUCUUCGCAGUAUUCAGCGGUACUUUGACGUCCCCUGGUGGGUAGAGCCGGAAUACAAAGACCCGAAAGCCCUCAUCGGUCCCGACGGAACCAGAAAGGAGUCGAAAGUCGGAUACUUCGUACCUCCUAUAGUCAACAGCGCAGAGGCCGAAAAGCAACGAGAACAGCGAAUCAAACGCCUCGAAUGGACCGCCAAAGGCUCUGCGGUUGUGAAAAGCCUGGAUGACAUUCCAGCGCACUUCACAAUCCAUGGCUGCCCAGCUGCCACCAAAGAACAAAUUAAGGAGCUGCUCCCUCGCGAUGAUGUCGUAUUCGUCAUUGCUGAUGAAAGUCGUCAUUUGCCCGAGGACCCCGAUGCGGUCCAGCAAGGCGAGCUCAUCACUGAGCGUAAAAUGAAGCGGUGGCUCUUACAAGAGCUCAGACAUUCCGCCGCUGAGCCACCGUAUAAAGCCGCCUCUUCGGUGAGCGCUACCUUCAAGGUCAACAAGAGCGGAAAGUCUCUGCAAGUGAAGGGCAUUCUCUGGGACGAAGUUGAAGUGUGUCACGAUGGCUUCGUGGAAGACGUGGACAGAGACUUUGCUGAUGCAACUCGCUUCAUGGUGGGAGUUGGUUGUUGCAAACAUCUCGCCAUGACCAACCAGAGCGCAGCAAGCAGGUACCCCCAAGUCGCCGAUCUACUCGAAGCCUUCUGCAAGGGAACAGACGGAGCAGAGCACGCGCCUCGUUGCCAAGAUUGGCUCCCUGAAAUCCCAGACUCAUGGACUCCAGGCAAACCUCCAGUGACAGCGACGACUACCGGCUUGGUCGACAUUGCGGAGAUGGAUGAGGCUCUCAGUUGUUCCAUGUCUGCCGCUCAUGGAGAGGGAGAAGGCUCUCAACAAUUUACACACCAGCUCGAGCCCAAUCUUAAAGAGCGUCUUGCUUCAUCCUGGAGUCAGCAGCCAUACGACCUGUAUCACCGACCAUUCGACCUACUAAACGUGGUCCCGGAUCCCUAUUGGGAAACCAGACGCCAGCAAGACGAUCUCGCCAAGCAACAGGCAAAACAGCGCAAAUCGAGAUAUAUACAAUCAAGCCUCGCCGCUGCCAAAGGCUCCAUUGACCUAGGACUUUGGAAGCAGAAGUUUGACAAGGUGGAUGAAGCCCUUAGACAGCAACCAAGUCUCGUGCCACAAGACACCCUUCCCGCCGGCAUCGAAAAGUACGCUCUAGGACGACGGUUCUUCAUCACCAAGAAGGGAUACUUUGGCCUCGGCCCGCAGAAAGCAAGAGCUGGAGAUAGAAUCGCCGUCUUGUUUGGUUCCGGUGUGUCGUUUGUUCUUCGGAGGUGUCAUACUGCGGAGGGGAAGCGAGUUUGGAGGAUUGUGGGAGAGAGUUACGUGCACGGCAUCAUGCAGGGAGAGGUCAUUCAGAAGUGGGAGUUCGGCUCAGCUGAGGCACAGAUGCUUCAUUUGGUGUAA